GAAGCAUGGGGGAAAAUGAUGGAUGAAACGUAAACACGGCUGGACGGCAGCUGCGUGGUGGCGCAGGGCACUCUGCGCAUGCGCAUUGUGUUGACCUAGACAUACUAGGCAUGAAAUGGACCCGGUGACAGAUAUCAGAGGAUCUCGAUUACAACUAUAGAAGUCUAAAAGUAGCUCUUACUGAUCAUCAUGGCUCAGUUUGGAGGACAGAAGAACCCACCACCUUGGGCUACCCAGUUCACAGCAACAGCAGUUUCACAACCAGCACCCCUAGGAGUCCAGCAGCCAUCCUUACUUGGAGCUUCACCUACAAUCUACACUCAACAGUCGGCACUUGCAGCUGCCGGCCUCGCCACCCCAUCCCCAGGAAACUACCAGCUGACACAAACCGCCGCUCUGCAACAACAAGCUGCGGCCGCCGCUGCUGCAGCUGCUCUCCAGCAGCAAUACACCCAGCCCCAGCAGACAAUAUACAGCGUCCAGCAACAGUUACAACAACCUCAACAAACCUUGUUAACUCAGCAGACCGUCACGCUGCCGACAAGUCUCGCUCUGUCUACACCCCAGCAGGCAGCGCAAAUUACCGUCUCGUACCCAACCCCUCGAUCCAGUCAGCAACAAACCCAAACCCAGAAGCAGCGUGUCUUCACCGGGGUCGUGACCAAACUCCAUGAAACAUUUGGAUUCGUGGAUGAAGAUGUCUUCUUUCAGCUCACGGCUGUUAAAGGGAAGUCCCCACAGGUUGGAGACAGAGUAUUAGUUGAAGCCACUUAUAAUCCUAACAUGCCAUUCAAAUGGAACGCCCAAAGGAUACAGACUCUUCCUAACCAGAAUCCACCCCCAGCGCAGCCACUUCUGAAGAACCCUCCAGCUGUCCUGCAGCCUGUCACACAGCAAGCUGCUUUUGGGGUGCAGUCUCAGCAAGCUCCACAAGCACAGACUCUUCUGCAGGCACAGAUCUCGGCUGCCUCUCUCACUCCUCUGCUUCAGACACAGCCUUCUCCUUUAUUACAACAACCACAGCAAAAAGGUGGGUUAUUGCAAACUCCUGUUCGUAUUGUGUCUCAGCCUCAGCCCGUUCGACGAUUGGAACCACCCUCCAGAUUCUCUGGGAGAAACGAUAGAGGGGAUUCAGUAUCCAGUAGGAAAGAUGAUCGGAACCGAGAGAGAGACCGAGAGAGGCGCAGAUCACGUGAUAGAUCGCCUCCCAGAAAAAGGUCAAGAGAAAGAUCACCACGUCGUGAGAGAGAGAGAUCCCCGCGAAGACCUAGACGAGUUACUCCUCGCUAUACUGUUCAGUUUUCCAAGUUCUCUCUAGAUUGUCCAGGAUGUGACACUAUGGAACUGAGACGGCGGUAUCAGAAUCUCUACAUUCCCAGCGAUUUCUUUGAUGCGCAGUUCACAUGGAUAGAAGCCUUUCCCAUUGCACGCCCGUUUCAUCUUGGGAAUUACAGCAAUUUUUAUGUAAUGCACAAGGAAGUUGACCCACUUGAGAAAAACACUGCCCUUCUGGAUCCUCCGGAUGUAGAUCACACAUACAGCGCAAAGGUUAUGCUGCUGGCAAGCCCUUCUUUGGAGGAUCUGUAUCAUAAGUCAUGUGCCCUUGCAGAGGACCCCGUAGAGGUUAGGGAAGGAUUCCAGCAUCCAGCAAGACUUGUUAAGUUUUUAGUGGGAAUGAAAGGUAAAGAUGAAGCCAUGGCGAUUGGAGGACAUUGGUCUCCUUCCCUAGAUGGACCUGACCCAGUUAAAGACCCAUCGGUGCUGAUCAAGACAGCUGUCCGCUGUUGUAAGGCUCUGACUGGCAUUGACUUGAGCUUGUGUACCCAGUGGUACCGUUUUGCAGAGAUUCGCUACCAUCGCCCUGAGGAGACCCACAAGGGGCGUACGGUUCCUGCUCAUGUGGAGACAGUGGUUUUAUUUUUCCCGGAUGUUUGGCAUUGCCUUCCCACACGCUCAGAGUGGGAAAACCUGUGCCGUGGAUACAAGCAGCAGCUGGCCGACAAGCUUCAGGGUGAACGCAAGGAAACUGAUGGAGAACAGGAAGAAGACGACAAAGAGGACGGAGAAGCGAAAGAAAUUUGUAAUCCUACUCAUUGGUCAAAGCUUGACCCGAAGAUAAUGAAGGUAAAUGAUCUUCGCAAGGAGCUGGAGAGCCGAUCUCUCAGCUCCAAAGGUCUUAAAUCACAGCUUAUAGCGCGUCUCACUAAGCAGCUUCGGGUAGAGGAACAAAAAGAAGAACAGAAGGAGCUUGAGAAGUGUGAAAAAGAAGAGGAAGAGGAGGAAGAAAGGAAGUCUGAAGAUGACAAAGAGGAAGAGGAGAGAAAGCGCCAAGAGGAUAUAGAGCGUCAAAGACGUGAAAAAAGAUAUAUUUUACCAGACGAACCAGCAAUUAUUGUUCACCCAAACUGGUCAGCCAAGAAUGGAAAGUUUGACUGCAGCAUCAUGUCGCUUAGUGUAUUAUUAGAUUACCGCAUAGAGGACAAUAAGGAACACUCAUUUGAGGUCUCGCUAUUUGCUGAACUCUUCAAUGAAAUGCUGCAGAGAGAUUUUGGAGUGCGGAUUUAUAAGGAGCUCUUGGCCCUCCCAGAGAAAGAGGAGAAAAAAGAAAAGAAAAUAAAGAAGGAAGAGAAGAAGGAGAAGAAAGAUGAGAAAGAGGAUGAGGAUGACCCAAAACCCAAACGGAGAAAAUCUACAGACGACAAGUCAAAAGUGGAUGAGAGAGAGGAACGAAAGAGAGAUGACCGAAGAAAAGAGGAGUACAGAGAUGAUGAUGAAAUGGAAGACGACAACCAAGAAGAUUAUGAACCCAUUGGAGCAGAAGAAGAUGAUGGUGACUAUGAUGAAGAUGAUGAUGAUGAUUCAAGCUGCAAGGAUAAGCGUGAAGACAAGAAAGACAGCAGGAGGUACAGCAAAGAAUGGUUACCAAAAGAUAAGGAGAAAGAGAAGAAACAGAUGGUAACGGUAAACCGAGAUCUUCUAAUGGCUUUUGUAUACUUUGACCAAAGUCACUGUGGCUACCUCCUAGAGAAAGAUUUAGAAGAAAUAAUGUACACACUUGGUCUGCAUCUCUCACGUGCUCAGGUGAAGAAACUGUUUAAUAAAGUAUUGCUCAAAGAAUCAUGCUUUUACCGCAAACUCACGGACGCUGGUACUGAGGACAGAAGCCAUGAAGAACCAGAACCCUUUCGUGAAGAUAUUCUAGGUAACCGCUUGCUUCUGCUGUCUAAAGCUUCAGGAUCUGGAGUUUCAACCACAGAAGACAAUGGUGGUCUUGUUCUGUAUAAUGGUGCAAUGGUUGAUGUUGGAAGUCUCCUUCAGAAACUUGAGAAGAGUGAGAAAGCUAGAUCAGAGUUAGAACAACAACUUCAGGCCCUUGCAGCUAAAACAGAGGAAGAUGAAAAGAACAUUUCCCAACUAGAAGCAUCAAAUAAAAACUUGUCUGGAGAAUUGAAAGAAUUCAAAAAUAAUCUCAGCCACGUGCGUGGCAGUUUGAAAGCAACCGAAGAGACAAAUUCUCUUUAUGAACACCAGCUCAAUAAAACCAUCAAAAACCUCUCCGCAGCCAUGGAAGAGAUUCAAGGGGUUCUAAACAGGAACCCAGCAACAUCAGAAGAUCAAAAGUCAAAGGAAAAUGGAGCCAGUCUUUGACUUACUAACAGAAAGUUGUUAAAUAGUGUAAAUCAGGGGAUCAGCGUGAUUGUGUGGUUGGCGAGAUGGUGUGUAGGUUUACCUGUUUAAAUACCUAUUAUUUAUAGGGAAAUAGGGAGAGAUGUACAAAA